CGUCCCUCCUUGCUACACUUUACCCUCCCACAUCCCACCGCAGCCAAUGAUACCGAAAAGAUUAGUAUCAGCAUUUUCAUGGAAGCGGGACGGGCCAUCCCUCCAUGCCUCACAGCCAUCGUUCAUCGUUCCUGAUCCCCGGGUCCCAGUGUCUAUGAUGCCUACUAAUUAUAUCUGUUCUCUCUGUAACCUCGCUCUCUCUUCAUCUUCUUCUUCUUCCUCUUCUUACUCUCCUCCUCCUGUUCCUUCUUCUCUUAUCUAGCUUCUUUAACGAGAUGAGCCGACUCCGUCAUAUAGACGACGAUACAAUACAAUACAGCAAUAUUCAAUCAUCUCACCCCCUGGCCCUUGUAGAUCGAGACGUCUAACCACAAGAAAGAAGCCUUGUCGUUGAUGCUCUGGUCGGACAAAAUGGAUGAGCUACGCGCCCUCGCCAAAUCCACUUUCAAAGACUGGUCUGAGUUCAGGAGAACCCCAAAGCCUCAUCCUCUCGGACUCAUCAAACUAGCUGCCACAGCUCAUUGCGUGGAGCUACACCCGGCCAGAGAUCUGAGCCAAGCUCAGUUAUUUCAAGAAGUACAAGAAGCACAAGAAGUACGAGGGCCAUCCCCGUCAGAUACGGACUCGGAAUCUACCUCGGCCGAGCCGGACACGUCCCUCCGGCUCGUCAUCGUAAACCGCGCCGAGGACGACAGCAUGGACAUGACGGAUGCAUCCAGCUUCCUCGAACUGUUCGAUCUUUUCGACAUCGACCCCAUCGUCCUUCAGCAGCUUGCCCUGACCAGCUACGGUUUCCACCACUACGAUGAGCCGUACCGCAAUGCCUAUAGCUUCUACGUCGGCACCUACGUAUACUCCCUGGCCUGGUCCUACAACCCAGUUGCCAUGAAGACGAACGCCAUCCUCCUUCUUCGGACCUCCCCCGUUCUCAAGAACGGUCAGUAUGCCUUUGACGGCCUCGGCGUCACCCUCGACAAAUACAAGGCAUAUGCCCGGACGCCUUUCUUCCUCGCCUUCAUCGUUUAUAUUCAACUCUGCCGGAUGUCCCAGGAAGUCGUCCUUUCGACGGUGCGCCAUCUUCGCCGCAUCGAAUCCGUGACCGGCCACGGUCCUGGUUUCGGCGUGCAGGCGUCGGACCUCUCGGUCGCAUCGAACAUGAAUCGUCGAGACCUUCACGAAUUGUCCGCUGCCGCCCAGGAGGUGGCCACCAUCCGGGUCCACCUGGCCAAUCUGCUCCGUCACGACGUCUAUCUCAAGUCUAUGGCCGCGUACCUGGAGAGCCCCGGACUGCGUUCAAAGUGGAACAACCAACUAGGUCACCCGGAGCUUGCCGCCAGCUGCGACGCCGACUUUGACUACCUUUUCCACCUGAAGCCCGCCAUGAAGAAGUUGACCAGCGACCUCGAAACCUCCUUGGUCUAUCUCCAAACCCGGGCCGAGUGCCAAUCCAGCGUCAUAUUCAGUAUGAUGACCCACGAAGACGCGACCCUCAACACGGAGCUCGCCGCCGCAGCGAGGAAGGACAGCUCGGCCAUGAAAUCCAUCGCCAUGAUGACCAUGUUCUUCCUCCCUGGAACCUUCUUCGCCGCUGUCUUCUCCAUGCCCUCCCUUCCAAGCGAGGCCGAAGAGCACUUCUGGAUAUUCUGGGUGUGCGCCGUCGCAUCAACCCUUGUAGUCUUCGUUGUGUGGAGAUAUCACCACAGACUGAUGGAAGCCAAAUCGAAAAGUAAAAUUGGCUUCUCACGUCAGCAGAGACAACAACAGCAUGAACAACAUGAACUCACCCGGGCUUGCACGGGGGACACGUUGACCAGCAACCCCAGCCUUGUUGCGGAACUCCAAGACAUAAAGAGCAUAUAGGAAACGAUCUGGCGCCGUGGAGCUUUUAUUUUCCUUUCCACCUCGCAGGUUCUCACUGCGAUAGCCCGUCCCUGUCUUGCUGCUCGCUCUAUCCAACUCCCCUUCAAAGGGCCAGAGUGAGCUGCAAACAGCUUUCCUGUGCUUUCGCCUGUCAUGCCUCGCCCCACGGAUCACUAAUACCAGACUCGGCACAAUUACCGGGUUGGUAGAUGGGGAAGACGAUCGCAAUGCGGUAAUGUAUUGCCAUUCCCAGUUUAGAUGGAUGUACGAUACCCCUUGAGUUUAAACCCAUUCACAGAAAAAAGAAGAGAAAAAAAGAAGAAAAAGAAAAAAAAAAAAAGGAGAGAGAGAGAGAGAGAGAGAGAGAGAGAGGAGGCGCUAUA